AUGGGCAGCCUCAGAUCUCAGUCUCCGGAUGGCUACUUCUCACACCGGCCAAAAGAGAAAGUGCGAACGGACAGCAACAAUGAAAACUCGGUCCCCAAAGAUUUUGAGAACAUCGACAACAGCAACUUCGUCCCCAGGACUCAAAAGCAGAGGCACCCGCCAGAGCUGACAAAGAAGCCCCCCAGUAAACCAAAGGAGUUUCUGAAAAAGAAGUUGGAGCCAGAGGACAAAGGCAGGGGGCGUCCUUUCCUGGGGAAAGGCGCCAACGAGGUGCUGCCCCCUGGAGGGAGAGCCGCAGCUAACAGCAGCCGCGCCAAGGAUGCCCCCCGACCCGCUCACGCCAGAAAGAGUGGGGGGAGCUCUCCGGAGAUCAAGUAUGACCAGCUCCCCAAGUGUGACAUCUCCGGCAAAGAAGCCAUCUCCGCGCUGUCCCGCUCCAAGUCCAAGCACUGCCGCCAAGAGAUCGCAGAAACCUACUGCCGCCACAAGCUGGGACUCCUGAUGCCCGAGAAGGUGGUCCGCUUCUGCCCCCUGGAGGGUAAAGCCAACAAGAACGUUCAGUGGGAUGAGGACUCAGUGGAAUACAUGCCAGCCAACCCGGUCAGAAUUGCUUUUGUCCUGGUAGUCCAUGGCCGCGCCUCUCGGCAGCUGCAACGCAUGUUCAAGGCCAUCUACCACAAAGACCACUUCUACUACAUCCAUGUGGACAAGCGCUCUAAUUACCUCCACCGGCAAGUGCUCCAGUUCACCAGGCAGUACGUCAAUGUCCGCGUCACUCCCUGGAGAAUGACCACCAUCUGGGGGGGCGCCAGUCUCCUGACCACCUACUUGCAGAGCAUGCGGGACCUGCUGGAGAUGACCGACUGGCCCUGGGACUUCUUCAUCAACCUCAGCGCAGCCGACUACCCCAUCAGGACAAAUGACCAGCUGGUGGCAUUUCUCUCCCGAUAUCGCGAUAUGAAUUUCCUGAAAUCACACGGCCGGGACAAUGCAAGGUUUAUCCGGAAACAAGGCCUGGACCGACUCUUCCUGGAGUGUGAUGCCCACAUGUGGCGCCUUGGGGACCGGCGGAUCCCAGAAGGCAUUGCUGUGGAUGGUGGCUCUGACUGGUUCCUGCUAAACCGCAAGUUUGUGGAGUAUGUGACAUUCUCCACAGAUGAUCUGGUGACCAAGAUGAAGCAAUUCUACUCGUACACCCUGCUUCCUGCCGAGUCUUUCUUCCACACGGUCUUGGAGAACAGUCCUCACUGCGACACCAUGGUGGACAACAACCUGCGCAUCACGAACUGGAACCGCAAACUGGGCUGUAAGUGUCAAUACAAGCACAUUGUGGACUGGUGCGGCUGCUCCCCCAAUGACUUCAAGCCGCAGGACUUCCACCGCUUCCAGCAGACAGCCCGGCCCACCUUCUUUGCCCGGAAGUUCGAAGCCGUGGUGAAUCAGGAAAUCAUCGGGCAGCUGGACUAUUACCUGUAUGGGAACUACCCCGCGGGCACGCCGGGCCUCCGAUCCUACUGGGAGAAUGUCUACGAGGAACCCGACGGCAUCCACAGCCUCAGCGAUGUGACUCUCACCCUGUUCCACGCCUUCUCCCGCCUGGGUCUCCGCAGAGCUGAGAUGUCGCUGCACACAGAUGGGGAGAACAGCUGCAGGUAUUACCCAAUGGGCCAUCCAGUGUCUGUCCACCUCUACUUCCUGGCUGACCGCUUCCAGGGCUUUCUGAUCAAGCAUCAUGCUACCAAUCUAGCCGUGAGCAAGCUCGAGACCCUGGAGACGUGGGUGAUGCCCAAGAAAGUCUUCAAGAUUGCCAGCCCACCCAGCGACUUUGGGAGGCUUCAGUUUUCUGAGGUUGGCACAGACUGGGAUGCCAAGGAGCGGCUGUUCCGCAACUUUGGGGGUCUCUUGGGGCCCAUGGACGAGCCGGUGGGCAUGCAGAAAUGGGGCAAGGGGCCCAACGUGACAGUGACCGUCAUCUGGGUGGACCCAGUCAACGUCAUCGCAGCCACCUAUGACAUCUUGAUCGAGCCUACAGCUGAAUUCACUCAUUACAAGCCCCCUUUGAACUUACCGCUGAGGCCUGGAGUCUGGACAGUGAAAAUUCUCCACCACUGGGUGCCCGUGGCAGAGACCAAAUUCCUCGUUGCACCUCUGACUUUCUCCAACAGGCAGCCCAUAAAAGCAGAGGAGGCCCUGACGCUGCAUAACGGGCCCCCCAACGGUGCCUACAUGGAGCAGAGCUUCCAGAGCCUGAAUCCCGUGCUCAGCCUGCCCCUCAGCCCUGCACAGGUGGAACAGGCACGGCGGCACGCGGCCUCCACUGGGGCAGUGUUGGAAGGCUGGCUGGACUCGCUGGUGGGCAGCAUGUGGACUGCCAUGGACAUCUGUACCACUGGCCCCACCGCCUGCCCCGUCAUGCAGGCCUGCAGCCAGACAGCCUGGAGUUCCUUCAGCCCCGACCCCAAGUCAGAGCUGGGGGCUGUCAAACCCGAUGGUCGCCUCAGGUAG